CCGCCUCGCUCAACUCUGUGCGCUCAGUGGUUUACGGGGACCGAUUUGAAGGGUUGACAAGGAGAAUCGCUUCCCCGGUACCCCGUCCCUCUUCACCGGGUAGCCUAGAAGCUUAGUAUGCUAUCCCUGUCCCUCCGCUCGUUCCACGUUGAACAGAAUGGCCAGAGACGCAUAGAGAACUGUCUGGAUUUUGAAGGUGAAGGACUUUGUAUUUACAUAAAGUUCUGUAGGCUAUAAAUACUGCGUAUUUGAUCGCGAGGAUGGCUGCGAAGAUGGAAUUAAUCGAAAGGACAGUAAGGUCCGAUAUCAGAGUGAAAGUUUGCACAGCACUCCCUCUGAGAUGGAGACGCGAAUAACAUAAUUUAUUCACUUUUUAUCAUAGCGGAGCGGCCUUUUGGAUUUAUUGUCUGCAGCUAUUACGCGGCGCCGGACACCUGCACCCGACUUGGCCGAGACGGCUUCUACGCGGCUCUCCGCUCAAUAACAAAUUGCUCAGAAGCGCUUCUUGAACUGAAUCGAUCAUUUCUACUCGUAUCUGAACUGUUGUCAAUGGUAGGCUACUUCCACACAGGCAGUUCAUUUGUUGCGCUUUGUUGUGCAGUUCUGUAAAUCACUGAAUGCGACGGAUAGGCGACAGUGGACAUCCGAUAAUAAAUUGAUACUGGAUGUGUCUUCAUGGGCAUUUGAAUAGUGUCAGCAUCAACUGAAAAGUAACAAAGCUCAACUAAGCUUUAUAAAUGUCUUCCUCAGUCAUCUCUUCAUAUCGCUUCUCCGUCCAGUAUUCACUGCCUGAUUUGUAAUCGCUAAAACAGGAGAGAACUGUGCCUCCACAUCGCCCUGUCCAAAUUCAAAGCCAGUGUAAUAUUCUUUAAAGCACUGACUCACAAUGGGCACAGUACUAUCCCUUUCCCCUGCAUUCAGGAAGAACAGCUACUAUGACACGCGGCCUGGCUCACUCAACCAUUACCCGAGCCUGAGCAGCCGUUCGCUCAACACUCAGAAAGACCGCGCCAGUGGCCUGAAACGGGGACAGUCAAUCUUUCUCCCAGCCCUCACCUGGAAACGCCUUGUCGCCUCCACCAAGAAACGAGGGGGCUCUAAGAAAUGUCCUGGGGGUCCGGGGUCACUUGGAGACCCCCUCAACAACAACAACAACAUCUACCAGAAGGAUCCGGUGUUGCACCUCAACCGCGAGAAUGUCAAGAAGUCUCUGUCGUGUGCCAACCUCUCAAGCUACGACGGGCCAACGGGACUGGGUCUGGGGAUAGGCUUCGGCCAGGGGCACUACAGCUAUGGCAUGGGCAUGAAGCCCCAGCAGCUGUCCUCUGUCAAGAAGGUGCCCCACCAAGGAACGGCUGCCUCAUCCCCCAAGCGCAUCAUUGUCCAGGCGUCCACCAGUGAACUCCUCCGGUGCCUGGGUGAGUUCCUGUGUGGCCGCUGCUACCGGCUGAAGCACCUCUCCCCUGCGGACCCGGUGCUGUGGCUGCGGGCGGUGGACCGCUCUCUGCUCCUCCAGGGCUGGCAGGAUCAGGCCUUCGUGACUCCGGCCAACGUGGUGUUUGUCUACAUGCUGUGUCGUGAUGUGGUGGAUGGAGACCUGGUGGCGUCAGAGCACGAGCUUCAGGCCACACUACUCACCUGUCUCUACCUGUCCUAUUCCUACAUGGGCAAUGAGAUAUCCUACCCACUGAAACCUUUUCUGGUGGAGGCUGGCAAGGAGGCCUUCUGGGACCGCUGCCUAGCCAUCAUCGACGCCACCAGCGCCAAGAUGUUGCGCAUCAACGCCGACCCGCACUUCUUCACCCAGGUGUUCGCUGAGCUGAAGAGUGAAGGGGGCUGCAGCCCACAGGACUACAGCCGCGUGCUGGACCGGAACUGUGACUCUACCUGUCCAAUCAAACACCUCAGCAGAACCCUGGAACUCGGUUUGACUGUUGGAUGAAACUACUGAUUGGCCGACAGGAUAUUCUUUGCAACCCCAUUGGUCAAGAGAUUCUCCUUCACUACAAAUGGACUAAAUAUGGAGAGUCAACCAGGAAUAAAACAAAAGACUGUUGGACCCUAUUCUAUGAACUACAUGGGUAGGACUCAAGCAAAGACUAUUGCACCUCAACCAUCCAGGAUAUUUCAAAUGGAUCUCAGGCCCUAGUUUGGCAUAGUGGGAGACUGGUUUGGCGGGAAUAUCAGGCGAAGGCUGUUUAAGUCACCAUUGCUCUGUGAGUUCUGGUGAACUUGUUUUCUCAGUGUGUUUUUCUGCUGUGUUGGAGUAGAAUUUCAAUGGCACACCUAUAACAGUCUCAGUGCAGACUUAAAGGGAUAGUUACAAUUACAAAAUGACAUAUUGGUUUGAAAUAUCCCUUUAAAAGAAGUAGAAAAUUGUGCAGCUUAAAAUGUUGCUGUGUGACAAAAUAAACUGACGACAGGAAAAACCAAAAAAUGGGUCAUAUCUUGUUACUGUGGUGGUGAGCAUGCCAGAUAGACUAGCAUUUAUUGUUUUGUUUUACGUUUGCUUUUUUGUUUUGAUUUGCUUUUGCUUUAAUGCCGUAAAUGUGUUUUCAAUUAAAUGUUAUUUCCUUAACUUAAAAAAUGUAAUCAGUUCAUCCCUAGUCGUGGGAGAAGAUCUGAUGUCAAACAGUAUUAGUAUAUAAUUCAAGGGGUAAUUCAAGUCAUGAUGACUGUUAUAAUUAUAACUGCAGAUUUGAAGUGUUAUUGUCAUUGUGGAUGUUAUGUUAUUGAAUGACAGAGAUAGAGUCUACAGUACCUGUAUUCUCAUUUUAUUUUGAUGAACCUUUGUCUUUAACAUCUCGAAGAAUGUGAAAUCACGUAAACAAUGAUAACAUAGUUUCUCCCAUUUCUCCACCGCUAUGUCUUAGUGUUCAAAGAUGUCAACACUGCGAUUUCAGACAGUUUUUGACACAACACUGUUCAGACACGGUAGAUCUGGUGGUAUAAUGGUAUAAUUGGCAUCAUUGUGAUGGGUGGUGGGUCAGGAGGCUGGGUACGUAGGGUCGCAUCCCAAACGGUACCCUAUUCCCUAUAUAGUGCACUACUUUUAACCAGAGCCCUAUAGACUAUAUAGGGAAUAGAGUAAUAUUUGGGACACACCCUAGCUUUCUGUUAGAAGGAAGUGUUUCAGUUUGUGCUUGUCUCACUUCCUCUGAGGAUGUUGUGAAAUGGGCGGAUGAUUGAUUUUCACGAAAACAUCAACAUAAUUUUGUAAUGGCUGCUGUGUGUAUAGCAAAUGCAUAAUCAUUGGAAUCAAUGGCGAGGCCUCAUCAAUGCGACAACAGACGGUGAAUUGAUGCACAAUGGAAGACAUUGUAGUGGUCAGAUCACAGACAGGCGUCCCCACACAAGCACCUCCGGUCCUUACCCUCAUUGUAGCUAUGUCUUAACCCACAGCACUGCAUAUAACUGAGGCCUCUGCUUCUUUUCAAGGCUACAUAGCACUCCUAUUUAUAUGAAAGGAAAAUACUUAAACAAAAUACUGAACAAAACAUCAAUAAAGAACUGUCUGAAUGAUCAGUGCUUUGAGUUAGACACUUACCUGUUGCCAACCCUCUCAUAAGACCUGUACCCUUCAGUCUCCUCUCACCGUUGCUGCCAACUCAACCCUUACCCCAGGUUUCCAUGGUUACCUGGCACUGACUGACAAUGUCAUUGUGAUAAAACUCAGUUGAAAUGGAGAGACCAGAGUUACUUUUAUAAAGCCACCUCAUAUGUGUGUACAGAUGUAGGAUCUUACUUUGAUCACCCUAGUGUGGGGACAUUUAAAACUUGUAGUGAAUUUGAGGUUUAAAAAGGCUUCUGAAGUUUGUAUUUUACACUUUGAAAUUUCAGACUUAAUUUCUUCCCUUUUGAAAAAUGUAUCAACCCUUACAAAAAUGUCCAUUAAUUAUAAUCCACAUAAUAAUCCACAUUUCCUGUUGCUGCAGGAUUAUUUUCCUGUUGUAGCAAACUGGCUCAAAUUAAGAUCCUACAUCUGUAUGCAACUCAAUGUGUCUAAUAUUGUUGUUGGGGAACACUUGAAGAUGAAAACAAUGUGACUUUGUUUUUCAUGUUAAAAUGCAAUUUUGUUUCCUUUUUUCAUUACGAUGUUGAUGAUUAUUGCUAUUAUUAUUCAAUAAAGUAUUGAGGUGAAAUUCC